UUGUUCGUACUCUCCCCGCAUCACUCUCUCUUCGAUCGAGCUCUGCAAUGGCGGUAAAGGGCAAAGGGAAGCAGAUAGCCGGAAAAGCUCCGGCAUCGUCUGCAUCUUCCUCCGGUAAGAGGAAGAGCAAUCCAUUGGACGGAGAGAGCUCCGGUGUUCCGCCGAAGAAGAAACCUUCCGGCGUGUUGCGAUUCGUCGACGAAGCCGCUGUUGAUGCUGAUUAUGAUGGAGAGAAAGAAGAAGAAGAUGAUCUCGAGUGGGAAAUCGACGAGGACUUUGAUUUUGAGUUACCUGAUAUUGGUGCAAAAGUGGCUAAGAAUGUUUCAAAAGGACCUGGAAAGUCCAGCCCACUCCCUUUUUUUAUUAAGGAGGAAGUGAUGAAUGAUGAUGAACUUGAGGAAGCAAUCAUGGAGCGGUACCGUGGUUCAGAAUUUAUCUCAUUUGAUGAUGAUGUUAAAGAGUGCAAUGAGACUUUAUUGGUAUCUCAUGCUACAAAAGAUCUCUCUAUUUGGAGGGUUAAAUGCAUGAUGGGUCGAGAAAGGCAAACUUCCUUUUGCUUAAUGCAAAAAUUUGUUGACUUGCAAAAAAUUGGAAAGAAGCUACAUAUAUUUUCGGUAUUUGCUCUUGAUCAUGUAAAAGGUUUUGUUUAUGUUGAAGCAGACAAAGCUGGCAAUGUUUUUGAGGCAUGCAACGGGUUGUGCUUUCUGUACCCAAGUAGAAUAGAACUUGUCCCAAGGAAUGAAACCCCUAACUUACUUUCUAUUCAAAAGAAAUCAAGUGGAAUAUCCAAGGGUAUGUGGGUUCGACUGAAGAAUGGGAAGUACAAGGGUGAUCUUGCAGAGGUCAUAUUUGUGAAUGAUUCAAAGAAAAGGGUGACCAUUAAGCUUGUUCCUAGAAUUGAUCUUCAAGCAAUUGCCAAAAAAUUUGGUGGGGGUACAUCUCUGAAGGCGGCUGCUAUACCAGCCCCACGCCUGAUAAGUACCCAUGAACUAGAAGACUUCAGACCUCAUAUAGAGGUCAGGCGAGAUCGUGAGACUGGAGAGAUUUUUGAGGUCCUGGAUGGUUUGAUGCUUAAAGAUGGUUACCUAUAUAAAAAAGUAUCCAUAUGUUCACUUAUUCACUGGGGUGUUCAGCCUUCAAGUGAUGAACUUACAAAGUUUGAGGACAUGGGUAAUGAUGGAGUUAAAGAUGUUGGCUGGCUUUCGAGCAUCUAUAAAACACAAAUUAAAAAUAAGUUGCCCGAAACAUCCCAUCAGAAGAAUGGAGAAAAAUCUAAGCAAAAAAAUGGAGAAAAAUCUAAUAGGAAAAAUGGAGAAAAAUCAAAUCAGAAGGAUGAAGAUAAACAGAGAAAUGGUUUUGAGAUUGAUGAUUUUGUUCUAUUUGGGAAGAAAGACUGUGGUAUAAUAAUAGACAAGGAAAAUGACGUCUUCAAGGUUUUGAAAGGUGAUGCGAACAGUUCCGAGGUCGUGAGUAUUAACAUUGGGGUAAUAAAGAAAAACUGUGUCGAUAAAGUUUUCACUGCUACAGACCGCGGCAUGAAGACAAUAUUUAUUGAUGAUGUUGUAAAGGUUUCAGAGGGGCCUCUAGAGGGUAGAGAGGGAAUUGUUAAACACAUGUACAAAGGUGUUUUUUUUAUAUAUGAUGAAUGCCAAAGCGAAAACAAUGGGUUCUUUUGUGCCAAGUCAGAGAUAUGUGAUCUAGUGAAGAAAUCACGUGAUUUUGGCGGUGGAAAAUUGAGUAGCAACGCAGGUCCCUCAUUUGCUCAGUCACCAAUCAGAUCAUCCGAGCAGGAUGACAAUUCUCAGAGCUUUUCUAGAAAUCAUCAAAGCAACUCUCGAGGAACUUUUUCUGUUGGACAGACAUUGAGAAUUUGCAAAGGGCCUUUAAAGGGUUAUCUUUGCCGCGUUAUUCGGAUAUACCGUGCUGAUGUCACUGUGAAACUUGAUUCUCUAGGGAAGCUUCUUACAGUGGAUGAAAAAUUGCUAUCUUUUCCAAAUUCAAAGAGGGAUGAUGCGACUACCAUGCAAUGCGACAUGUUUGGAUCUCAAGAAGAGCAGCCGAUAGGUGGCUUGCUUGAUUCGGGAGGAGGAUUUGGGAUGGAUAACUCAUCAUUUGGAAGGGAGUCGUGGAAUACGCCUUCCUGUUCCGGCUUCUCAUUUUCUAGGGAUAAUGAUUGCAAAGAUCAAAGUGCAGUUGCUGACCAGUGGGGAAGCAAACCGACAUUUCAGGAUGGAGAUCAAGAUCAUGGAGCUGCAAAUAGUUGGAGUAAAGCUCCAAGCUCCAGUGCCGAGCAGAGGUCAUGGAAUAAAAUGGUAAGUGGGGAGAAAGGUGCAGAUGCUGACUGCGAAAAUGAUGCUGAUGCGUGGAAUAAGGCUUCUAAUAAGGGCGAAACUUCAACUGGUGGCUGGCAAGGUGAUACCUCUGUUCAGAAAACAGGCCAGACCUGGAGCACAAAAGGCGCCAGUGGUGGCUUGGAUGGUGCUGUUCACACUGCUGGCGAAGGUGUAAGUGCUGCAGGUGGCUGGAGCAAAGCUGCCCCAGAUUCUAGAGAGGCCCUAACCUUUGGCGAAGAUGGUUGGAAUAGAGCAGCAUCCAAGCCUCAGACUGCAAGCAAUACUGACGCUAGUGGAUGGGAACAGACGAAACUUGCAAGUUCUGAUGCUGGUGGAAGCUGGAAUGCCCAAGGUGCCUCUGCUGGCUGGAGCAAAGAAGCUAGUGGAAAGGACAAAUCAGAUGGUUUUGUCGGGAAAUCGGGUAAUUCAGCUUCUCCAAAGAGUGGUGGUGAUAAUCUAGAUUCAUGGGGCAUCAAGGGAAAAGCUUCACUUGAAAAUAAUGACGAUGGCUGGGGUAAAUCUGCCCCCUCUCAAGUCACAAUAACUGCUCCUAACAAUCCAUGGCAGAGCUCUUGCAAUAGUUCGGUACACAGUAAAGCAUGGAAAUCCCCCUCUGCGGAUGAGAAUCAAGCAGCUGGUUGGGGCUCGUCGCCAUUUGAAUGUGCGGCUCAAACUAGCAGUUGGGACAAAGUAAAAACUGUUCCAACUCAUAUUGACACUGAGAAAUCUGCAACUGAAAUAGGAGGCUGGAAGAAAGCUACGGAUGGAAACCAAGCUGCUGGUUGGGCUUCUUCUGCUACACCAUCAGACGGAGAUGGAAGUGAAUCAAACAGCUGGAAUAAAGUGAAAAGUCUUCCAAGUUCUAGUGGUUGGGAGAAUUCUAAGGCAACAGCAACUGAAACAAGUGGAGGAUGGAAGACAACCACGAAUGGUAACCAAACAUCUGGUUGGGGUGCUUCUGCAAUGCCUUCCGCGCCAUCUGCUGAACUCGAAAGUCAAAACAGUAGUUCGGGCAAAGUAAACAUCUCCUCAAGUUCUAGUGGAUGGCAGAUAUCUAAUCAAGCAGAAGGAUUCUCUAGUGAAGGUCAAAUAGACAGAUGGAAUAAAGAGAAAUCAUCUGAUGGGAAUCAGACAUCUGGGUGGAACAAGGCAGGCAAUGCUGAAGGAGGGAAGGAUAUAUGGGCAACUAGCUGGGACAAAGCAAAAGGUUCUGAGGGAAGUGGUUUCGGUCAACAAAGUCAAGGAGAAUGGAAGGCUGGGGAUGAUUGGGGUAAUAAUACUAAUUUUGGCAAACCGAAGGAUUCUGAUUCGGGUCAAGGGUCAGGUUGGUCACAAGGAAAUAUCAAUAAUGAAAAUGGUAAGAAUUGGGAGGGUCAUGGCAAUAGUUGGAACCAGCAGAAGGAUUUUGAAGGCGGAAGAGGAGGAUCUAAUAAUUGGGGAAGAGGAAGAGGUAGAUAUGGUGGAAGGGGCGGUAGAAAUGAAGAUAAUUUUCAGAAACCAAGUGAUUCUGAUGGAGGCUGGAGAUUUGGAAGGGGUGGAAGUCGCGGCCGAAAUGGAGCUGGUGGUUACAAUCGAGAUAACUGCGGUAGAAGAGAGUUUGGUCGUGGCAGAGGCCGUGGCCAAGGUCGAGGCCGAGGGCAGGAUCAGGGUCAACUUGAAUCGUCCGGCUGGAGAAAUGGACAAGAAAGAUUCAACGGGGGCUUUUCUAAUAAACCCUCGUCUAGUUGGGGCACCACCGAAGUUGGUGGCUGGGGCAAUGGUGGGAACAAAUAUGAUGGUGGUAACAUACCUGCGUGGGGAACUGCUCCUCAGGAUGCUGGUGGAAGUAAAAAUGACAUGAAUGAGGACCAUACUUCUAGUUGGAGCAAGGGUGUAAACUCUAGUAGACAGACAGACAACUGGGGCAAGGAAACGAGAAAUAAUGACAAUUGGAACACUCCUAAAACCUUUGAAAAUAAACAUACUGGCUGGAACCAGACGAACGAUGAUACUUCUACAGAUAGGGAUGAGAUGAAAAGUCUGAAUGCGUCGAAUUCUUCUGAACUUACAUUAGCAGAUUGGGGUCAUGGCCUGCCUGAAAACAAAGGUGCUACAAAUGAUGAAAAAUGGACUAAACCUAAAUCCAGUCCUGGCGACCACUGCGAUACAUUAUCAGGUAAGUUAAACUCAAACGAUUGUUGGGAAACUGCUACACUGAACAAAGAAAAUGAAGCAGGUGGGAGUCAAGGUGGGUGUAGUCAGAAAGUGGACACUCAGGCAAGCCAACCAUCUUCUGAGCCUGAUAAUAACUGGGGAAAAUUCAAGGAACCUAGCUCUGAUAGCACAGCUGGGAAUAUGGGGAGUUCAAAAGAUUGGGGUGGUAAGAACUCAGCAAACUGGGAUUCCAAGACAAAACCAGCUUCUAACCCUGGUAACUGGGGUGGGAGGGAUUUUUCUGGCAACCAGACAGCUGAUUGGAACAAUGGUGGGGUCAACAAAUGGGGCCAGCAAAGUGGGGAUCAGGUUAAGUCUGAAAGUUGGAAACGUGGGUCAGAUUUUGGUCGUGGUGGCGGAAGAGGGAGGAAUAAUUCGUUCUCUAGAGGUCGCAGUUUUGAAAGAAAUUCAGGUCGUCAUCAUUCUCGUGGUUGGAUUAGUAAUGAUGAUUCUAAUAAAGAGAGUAAUUAUGCUGGGGGUGAAUCAUUUAAUAAUUCAAACGAAGAUAUUAAAACUGGGGGGAGCUGGAGUGGGGGAAAUGGCACCUUUGAAGCUGAAAAAAGCAGUUGGAAUAAUGGAAGGAAAUCUGAAGGAGAAAAUCAAGCUAUGCAUGGUUCUGGGUGGGUACCCUCAGCUUCCUCAUCGAUCAACAAGAUUGAGAGCUCGUCAGGCUCCUGGAAUCCAGGGAGUUCUAAAGGUUCGAGCAAUAACAACGACUCAACCAACUUAGAUUGGACUUCUAAUGCAUGGGAUUCUAAGUCAGAAACUUUGAGUCGUCGCUCUGAUUUCGGUGGGGUUGGCGGAGGAGGAAGGGACAACUCGUUCACUAGUAGUGAUCGCCUCGGAAGAAAUUCCGGCGGCCGUGGUUAUGGUAAACAAAUCAAUGAUGAGCGGCAAGCAUUUAAUUCAAACCAAGAAUUCAAAGCUGGGGGUGGUUGGAAUGGUGGUGGAAAAGCUGAAAAGGGCUCGUGGGGCGGCUGGAAAUCUGAGGGAGAAAAUCAACCUGCUGGUCAAGCGAAGCCCAGGUCGGAGGAUGAAAGCAGUUGGGAUUCACCAACAGGAUUUAGUAGCAACAAGGCAUCUGGUGGCACCAACAGUGGCGAGCAAAAGAAUGAUCCGUGGGCUUCGACAAAUGCUACCAGUAAAACGGGACAAGAUUCCACCAUGGGAUCAUCGGACGAAAAACAGAAGCAUUGUUUAGCCGAGAGUUAUCGAGUUGGAUCUUCGGAUACAAAUAAUUCGCAGAUCGAGGAUGGAAAUACGAAGAAAUUAGGUUCAGGUUGGACUUCUGGAACAGAAGGGUCUCUUGCAGGUCAAUCAGGAGCUCCCAAAUGGGGAAGUAGUUGGGUUCGGAAAGAUGGAGAUCAGAGCAAUUCUGGCAAUGGAGGAAAUUCAGGUUGGUGAUGAGCUGCUGAUAAUAUGUGACUUGUGAUCAUGAUGAAGAGAAAUCUAUCUAUAUAUGUUAAGUGUUUUAUUCAACUUCUCUAUUUUUAUCUUAACUUUUGCUACUGUGGUAAGGUGGAUUAAGUGCUUGUACUUUUUUAUGUUUUCGUCUUUAUUUUGACUGACUUUAUAUCUUCA